CAAGAAUUAUUAAAAAAACAGCAAACAGAGCACAAAGCUGAAAUAGAAAAAUUGAAAGCUAAACUUCAAUCACAAAAAGUGCAGAAAACACAGACACCAGUUUCACAAACUGUUGAACCGGUUAGACAGCUAAGAGAAUCAAAAGUAGAUGAAAUUGGACAAAUGACAUCUCAAUUUGGAAAAAUGGUACUUGAAAAUCAAUUCCAAAAACCACUUUCACCGGUAAUGCAAAAAAUGUGCCAAUCUUAUACAGUUCAGAAGGAAGAAUCAGAUGAGUGUUUUUCAUCUCUACAAUACCUGAAUGCUAGUAUAAAUGAUUUAUCUAUUUCUGAAUUAUUUUUAGAUAAUGGAAAUAAAUUUGGAGCCUUGAAUGAUGCAGUAAUUAAUGUUCUUGGAUAG